AAUCUUACGUUUCAUGACCUUGACUCUUUCCUUGCCUUGUCAUACAGUAAUCUUUGGAGUUUUUGAGAUUUGCUGCAAACCUAGUGUACCAAUUCGCCGAGGUACACGUUUUCAUAUUCUAGUCUUGCCUGCCGAAGGUCACGUUCUCAUCACUUUCGAGCGCGACAUUACGGAUCCUCACGUUCUUGUAGACUAUUUAUAUAAUACAGUCACACUGUGAAGGUGCGGUUCCCCUCUCCCGUACUCUGUGAAAGAAGAAGCUGAGCUCCCUAUCCUCCACUAACAUUGCAGCCGAAGUCGGACCUCCGUGCCGAACCAUCAACACAUGGUGGUACGCAGUCAUUAACAUUCUUGACCAUCUCUUUGCCCUGAAGUAUCACACGUUUCUCCAUACAUCUACACUCAAGUUCUGAAGCACCUCCAACAUAAUUUGGUCAAAUAAAAAAAACUACUGUCUCCAAGCUGUCGAUUUGCCUUUACUCGCAUGACGAAGCUCCAUCCAUUUCUUCCAGAGGCAUUAAUCGAUAGCCUAAAGGCGGAUCCAGUCACAUCCCGCUGUUUUCCCUCAUCCGAUGUUUUUACUGAAAGCCAUGAAGGCAGACGCAUCGACUUCAUCAUUGACCCAACCGUUGCUCAUGUCGAAUGUAUCUCUCCCAGGGAUCAACCCGCAGGAAUCGAAACGAUCAAUCGGUUUGAACCCGGAGACGGGCGUAAUAGAUCUCACCUCGCUGCGCGCAAUGGAGAUGUGCCCCUUGCAUACGAAUGCAUCAGAAUGGGAGUUAACCUAGACGUCACUGAUAACAUUGGAAUGACGCCUUUGUAUCUGGCUUGCGAGGUGAUUCGCGCCAUGACAUGGGAACUCGAUGAAGCAAAACGAUGUCGAUUGGUGCAUCCAAAAGUGAACGAUGUUGCACUUCAAAAAGAAGGCGUUAUUCGUAUCGCGAAGCUCUUCGUCGAGCAGCACGCCGAUGUGAACGUUGAGCUCGAUGGCCAGACGCCUUUGACUCUCACUGCUCAGGCUUCAUGUUGGCCAAUCGUCGAAUUAUUACUCCAACAUGGUGCUCGGGUACCUCCGUCCUUCCCGUCCUCUAACUCAUUCAAGACCUCCAUUCAACGUUCGCGGUUUCUCCUGAUUGUUAGAAAAACUCGGCCUUUGUCGCCAAGACCACCUCGACCAUGUCCUUGCUGGUCUGGAAAGCUACUCUCUGAGUGUCAUGACGCCGAGGAACACGCAUAUCCCGCCAGUUUCCUGUGCAUAUGCGGUUCUCGGAAGUCGUUUGCGAGGUGUUGUGGUACGAAGAAGUUCAGAGUUGUAGAGAGGUGGAAUUCAGAGGCGCAGCGCAUUGUGUGGCGUGUGAUCUCAGAACCAACCGUAGGCCUUCCACCUGGGAUUCCAGAGUCUGUUUUGAAUCAUAUACGAUCAAAUCACGAAAUACCCAGCCGCUUGAACGAGCUUGGUUACAAACUUGUAGAACGGAUAUGCAGUGAUAGAAACAUCGACCCUGCGUUCGCGUAUGCGCUUCGGAGUCUGCUGUAUAACCCUCGACCAUGGGCAGGCCAAGUCAGCAGGGUUCAAGCAAAGCGGCGGAUGAACGCUUGGAACCAGCUCGUUGACGAUUACAUUGCUUCGCGACGUGACCCAAGACGGAAACUUGAUGUUGAGAUAGCUGCCAAGAUUGGUAUCAAUGGAGGACCACUCUAUAAGCAUUGCGAGGCUACUGGCUGCAACAAACAUGAGAAACGCGACGUUGAAAAGCUGAAGGGCUGCAGUGGGUGCAAGGCGAUCUUCUAUUGCUCUCAGGCGUGCCAAACAAUGGACUGGAAACGACACAAAGCGGAAUGUAGAGACGCUACCCAUGGAGCACAGCGUCUUCCGUCGCAAGUAGUUACGGAUCAACUAGUUGUGGAAUUUGGGGAGCUUGCCAACAUCGGGCUCUCUCUUGAUGACCUGUCGAAUCAACUGUUGGAGUGUUCUCUGACUGGGGCCUGAGUCUUAUAAUCAUGCUGCUCGUUUAUGUUUCCGUUAUUGAUACAAUCUUUCAAAACUGUGCAAAUCUGAGAUUAAAAUCUCCUGCCCAUAUUCACGAUAUUCGAGUGCACAUUAUUGAAAUAUACGUCGCGCGGGAGGAAAGCGAGUCGGUGACGUUUGACCUCGUUGAGCUCUGAGGCAAACGGAUAAGGUACGUACAAAGAUAAAUACCUACUUAUAUACGAAAUACUGCCAAGCAUGCGGGACUCCAUCCCGCUCCUCUCAUUCUUGCGCAUAGCGACGCUCGCCGCUUCAUCCAUAUUCCAA